UUCUUUUACUAAAACAAAUUUUAGAAACAAUAAUGGGCUAGUGUGUGCGCUGAAUAUCCAUAUUCCAACUAAACACAAAUGAGAAAGUCACAUCUACAAGAUGGUAAAAGGUAGUGGUGAACUGAUGCAAGAAUCUAUAAUAAAAGACAAACAAAAUGAUGGUAAUUCACCUGAUUUGAGUAGCAAAACAAAAUCUGCAAGCUUUAUAUUUGGAGUUACCACACUAGCCACCUUCACAGGCUUUGCAUUUACAUUGACAAGGGCAAAAAGAUCAUAUACCACAAAGUUGAAUACACUACAUACUGAUGGCAGUAAACUUGCUUUAAAGGCCCUGGGUUAUGGAACAGCUAUCAGUGUUACCGGAUGUAGUUCAUUGGUUUUAUUAGUUGCACUUGCCCUGGGUGUAAGAAGCCCCAAGGAGUUUGGAGAAAAAAUGAAAGGAACUCUAAAGAUAAAGAGAAAAACCAUAAAGGAGACUUAACACGCACACAUUGUAUAUAUUUUGGCAAAUAGAGUGUUUUUAUUUUUUGCA